GGUAGGAGUUCUCGCGAGACGGACAUUGUUUUCACCGGAAGUGAUGUCACUUAAAGGAAGUUAACUAGUACACAACAAAGAUGGCGGUCGACGGAGAAGAUGUGGCGAAAGAUUCGCACGUGGGAAAAAAGAAAAAGCCUCCAGCACGUUACUGGCGCGAGAAUAAAGACGAAAUUGAAGAUGGGAAACAAGCAGUUGAUGCUGGAAAAAAGCCACAGAAACCUGAAAGAACAUCACAAAUAAAGAGGAAGAUAUCAAGCAACAAUAGGCCAGACAAAGAAUUUAUAUCUGGGAGACAGGAUGCUUUUCCAGGACCUGCUUAUAUUCCAGCUGCUAAGUUGCAGAAGUUCACCAGGAAAGGCAAACCGAAUGAGAAGAUCGGCAAACAUCACAAAAAGCUGAAAGCAGCCAUUUCUCGUUCAGAUGAAGCCUCAGAAAUGGCCCAGAAAGAAGCUGCCCGGUUUGACCUUCUUCUCCCAGAGGAAGCAGGGUUUCUAGAAGGAGACGAAGAUGAGGACACAUGUACAAUCUCACAGCAGGAUAUCGUCGAUGCCGUAGAUAUAUCGUCUGCGACCAAGUAUUUUGACUUGAAUCUUUCUCAAUUUGGACCAUACCGACUGGAUUAUAACAAGACUGGACGUCACUUGCUGCUCGGUGGGAAGAGAGGCCACUUGGCUUGUAUCGACUGGCAGACUAAACAGAUGAUGUGUGAGAUAAACGUGAUGGAGAUGAUCAACGAUGUACGAUGGCUUCACACCGAGACCAUGUUUGCAGUAGCUCAGAAAAAGUGGCUGUAUAUUUACGACUCUAACGGGAUAGAGCUUCACUGCAUUCGCAAGUUCAAUGACGUCCUUCGCAUGCAGUUUCUGCCCUACCACUUCCUGCUCGCCACCGCUAGCGCAACAAGUUUCCUGCAAUAUCUUGACGUAUCCGUGGGAAAAGAAGUCUCUGCCAUCUGUACCAAGACAGGCCGUCUCGAUGUGAUGUGUCAGAACCCUAAUAAUGCCAUCAUCCAUCUUGGCCAUCCCAACGGCACUGUCACCCUUUGGUCGCCCAGUCAAAAAGAAGCCCUCGUGAAAAUGCUGUGUCACCAUGGAGGAUUGCGCUCUGUUGCUGUGGACAAAACAGGAACCUAUAUGGUGACAUCAGGCAUGGACAAAAAGCUGAAGGUUUUUGACGUCAGAACUUUCCAGGCUAUCAAUUCUUACUUCCUCCCUGCUGGAGCUUCCUGUUUGUCGCUAAGCCAGCGGGGACUGCUGUCCGCAGCCACAGGGGAUGUUGUCCAGGUGUACAAGGAUGUGUGGAGCUCUCAGGUGGCUAAACCUUACUUGGCCCACAGAGUACAGGCUGCUGCGUGGGGGCUACAAUUUUGCCCUUUUGAGGAUGUGCUCGGAGUCGGCCACGGGAAAGGCUUCACUAGCAUGCUCGUACCAGGAGCCGGCGAGCCAAACUUUGACGGCUUGGAUUCGAAUCCCUACCGCAGUGCCAAACAGAGGCAGGAAUGGGAAGUUAAGGCUCUGCUUGAAAAGAUCCAGCCGGAGCUUAUCAGCCUGGAUCCCACUCAACUAGGGAAGGUUGAUCUUGGCACCUUCCAGCAGAGGCACCAAGACAGAGUGCAAGCGCUGGGUUUUGAUCCUCUUGCCAAAGAAAGAUUUGUCCCAAGGCAUAAGAAAAAGGGUCGCAGCUCAGCAGGCAAUUUGGAAAGGAGAAAGAAGAAAGUGGCUGACAUUGACAAGAGGGACCUAAUAGUGCAAAGUAUGGAGGAUAAAAAGAAGAUAGCAGAGGAAAGAAAAGCUAAGGAAAAGAAGAUGGCAUCGUUUUCGAGCCAAAAAUCUGCUCUGGACAGAUUCCAAAAGUAAUGGAGGAACGAUUGCGCAAUAAAAUCACUUGCAACGUCCUCAUCUAGAGUGAAGCACCAACUGUGUGUGGGCAAAACAAGUCAUGCCACAAACUGAAGGAGGAAAUUGCUUUUGAUGAUUGGCAGGUCAUUUGUAGUCAGCUUUUUAAGGCCUAAAGCACUUCCUGUCUUAUCUGCCUAGACAUGCGCCUGACCUUGUGCAUUUAGAGCUGAAUUGACUGUUCGGAUGAUCAAAUGGAACUCGCACAAAGGGCGUGUUGGUGUGGUUUACGACUGAUAACUGAAAACAGCCUCCACCAUGACAGCGUAUCAUUACUAAUGGCUUGAUCGAUCAGCUGUCCUUAGGUCUUUAUAUUUUGUAAUUGUCAAAAAAUGUCUAACCCCAUCUGAUGUACAAUAUUUCUUCACUGUUCAAUUGGUGGUUAAAAUGUUUGUGGACAUAAAUUGUAUGCGGCAUAUGUUAUGCAGUUUUAGCAUAAGCACACAAUAAACAAACUACAGAAAUAGUCAAGUAUUCACUAUAAGAUGUUUUACUGAAACGAAUGUCUGGCAAUGACACAAAGGAAGUCUUAAAAACAGCCCCAACUUGACCGCCUUAGUAAGCCUUCUGAAAUUUACUUCCUGUUAUGUAGGUUAAAAAUUACACACACUGUUGCUGGAAGCAUUGUACUUUGACUUAUUUGAAAUGGCUCCAAAACACGGUAUGUUGAAACAAAGUUGGGAUCCACUGAAAGAUUUUGAAUUGUUUAAUGAAGAACCACACCGUUUUCAUAAUCCAUAUCUACAUACAUUCUCUUUGUUAGGAACUCAUUGGAUUGCAUAGUGCAGAAGGACAAACAAGUAACUGUAGAUGUUAACGCCACCUUAUUGACACAAGCCUGAAUCAAUGUUUAGUCUUGCUACAAAACAUAAAUACUGCUCAGUAUUAGCGGUGCAACGGUUUGCGGUUCAAAGCCAAACCAUUCGGUUCGCCCUCCACGGUUCAAUACGCCUUUAUGAACCGCACCUUUUCGGUUUUGCAAAUAAUGUAUUCCGAACGCUUAUGGAAUGAAUUGAUCGAGCUCUGUGUGCCUGUGUGUGACGUGAAGCACCGCGGUGGAGAAAUUCCCGCCCCGCAAGUAAAUGUCGGAUCGCUGUCAAGCACCUGUGUAAUAGAAGCCGAGUAACGCCCUCUCUCGCUUACAAGCGAAGUGAAACAAGAAAGAAAACUUUCUAUGGCGAGUGGAGAGACCGAAUUUUGAGGAAGCACCGGGUUCUUUCAAAUCUGCGGUGUGGCAACAUUUUGGUUUCACCGUGGAUUACAAUGCGGAGGGAGAGAAAAUAUUGAAAAAAAAAAUUGCAAGCAUUGCUCAGCGCUUGUUCCCCAUGCUAAUGGCAACACUUUUAUAACAUGACUCCGGCACCUCAGCCAGCAUCACCCACAGAUAUCACUUUCUCAGGGUAGGACAACCCCGAAGAUGACACCAGUGAAAACACACGGCGGGCUUCGUUAAUUUAUUUGCAACGCUUGACCCGCGUUACAUUGUUCCCUCGCGUACAUAUUUCUCCAACAACGUAAUCCCCGACAUUUAUGAAAUGGCACGCAAAGCCAUCGAAGAUGAUUUCGCUAAAGCACAUAGUUUCGCCCUGACCACUGAUAGUUGGAAGUUGGACGUCCCGUGCUACAGAGUGCUACUACCUAACUGUGACGGUCCACUAUAAUUCAUACCUGUCAAAUUGUACGGUUUCGUUGUAAUUUGUACAAGUGAGCACUCAUUUUUGAAUGUGUACGCCAUACAUUACGUCCAAAAUCUGCACGUUUUUCGUGCAUUACGUUUUUUUUUUUUUUAUCCGUUCGGAUUUGGUCACCGUUUCUGCAACGAGACAAUGCGUUGCUUGAAUGACGCGAGAAAAGUCAGAGACUCUGAGAGGGAAGAGUGUUUGUUGAGACGCUGUAGCAAACGCGAUGCUAGCUAGGCUAGGUGGCUCCAAUAUUACCUGACUUAGCCGACAACAUACAAUCUACGCCUGGAUGUCUCUUGUAUAUAGAACUACAUGCGAAAUGACAGACUCGGUAGCGUUAGUAAACAGCCGCCAUUUUAGAGCAGUAAACUUGUCAGAAAGGCUCUGUUGUAGUAAACCUUACGAGCGAACCUAAGCAACUUUUUAUCUAAAAUACUCCUAAAUCGGCAAAAUCUUGACUUGAGUCUAUCUUUAACUGAUGAAACAGUUUUCAAAUUUUCACAUGUCGAAAGUAGACAGAAGGGAACUGAUGCAAAAACGGGAGCAAUUUUAUCAACUUUAACGGUUGAUUCACAACAUUAAAUGACCUCCAAACAUAGCAAAGGUUACUAUGUUUUUGGGGGGUUUUUUUGUGUUUUUUUUUUUUAUGGAAAAACAAAACAUUAAAGGUAUCACCAGUUACUUUGCCAAGUAGCUUGUUUACUACUGUGUGUGUAUUUCAGUAGUCAGUCACUACUAGCCAAAGAGCUAAGAGGCAUUUUAACAGUCGAAAAUGUUUACAUUUUAAGUGUUUAUUUCAUUUUUUAAAAGCAAAAUAAGGGCAGUUUAA